AGAGAGAGAGAGAGAGAGAGAUUGUAGAAGGAAUCAUCUGGAGGUUGGAUGCUGAAAGAUUGAAGGAGCUGGAGGUCUAGAGUGACUGUGCAUCUCGGCUGUGUUCUCCUGGGUCAGUCCAGACGGAGCGAUGGCCGAUAACAGCACACAUCCCAUCCUGGAAAUCCUUCAGUCCUUCAGCACGAGAGACGUGAUCCUUGCUUUCUGUUUGUCCGUGGUGGUAGGACUCCUGCUGGGAGCUUUGGUGUACGUGAUCCUCACGUGGAUGGCGCGUCGUCGAGCGUCUGCCACCAUCACCCUCAUGCCGUCACCGCGCUCGUCCGGCCGCCCGUCGUCCCCACGUACUCGCCCGCUUGCCUUCAGCCGUCAGAACAGUGCCUAUGACCGGCGUAGCAACAACAGCCUGGCCAGCGCCGCAUACUCCUUCCAUCGGCAAACCUCGGCUUCACCCAUCGAUCACAGCGACCUGCUGGGUCGCAAGGACAGCUUCAGGGCCUCUACUUUCCACCCACUUAUCCAGUGCAGCCAGAUCGCCCGCGAGGCCGAGGAAGGAAACCACGGCACCCUGUCCAGCAGCCCCGUAGGCACCGGAACUAACAGCACUGCCAGCUCCAUGGUCACUCCACCAAGGCACAGACCUAGACCGAAUUCCUUCUGGGGCAACAGCAGUCUGGGAGGCAUCAGUGUCACACAGACCCCACCGCCGGCGUAUAACAGCAUCAUACGGGCCUAUCAGGAGACCUGCACAUGAAGGAUGAGGAUAGAACUCCCCCUGGUGGAGAAGGAAGUACAUAGACCCGGGGAUGAUCAGAGACUUGGCGAUCUCUUGUUGAAUUAGGAGCAGUUUUAUUUACAAUGCACAGUGUGAAAACAAAACUGUCAUUUUUAUUACUGUCAUUGAAAUAAACAGAGCGAGAGAGAGAGAGAGAGAGCGAGAGCGAGAGCGAGAGAGAGAGAGAGAGAGAGAGAGAGAGAGAGAGAGAGAGAAUGAAUAAUUACUGACACUUAAACUGGACAAGCCACUUUUACACAGCAUCAGUCACGCUCGCUACCUGACUGUAUCAUGAGUGUCACAACUGAACGCUGAUGAAAAAUAUGUCUAUUCUCAGUAUGUUUUACUGACAUCAUUAGUAAAUAAAAUGAUUUAGACAUGA